AUGGGUUCGUGGAACAGCCCGCAUCUUAGCGAGUCCAAGGUAUUGCGUCUUUCGAGUCCUUAUCGCAGAGGAUUAACCAAAACCCUGAUAGUAAUCCAUUACCUGCAUCCGGAGUCAUUAUCGCUGAUGAAUGGAAUACACGUAGAGGACGAGAGAAACAUGUCGCCAGGCUUGAAACUGCGAAGGGCGCCUCGCAGACUGUUGAAUGACCACAUCAACGGUACCCGACCAUCAAGUCCCGUAUUCUCUCCAAGGGAAUCCUCGACAUGCUUCUACAAGGCUCGUGACAGCCCGGAAACGGCAUGCCGAUCCCGUCAGCUCUGGAAUAAGCGCCACAACUGCAAACGGAGUUUCACCGAGUAUCGAGGAAAGGUCGUGCUGAUAACGAAUGUUGCCACCAUGUCGGACAAUGCUCGGAAGGAGUUCACGGAAAUGAACUGUUUGGUAGAGGAACUCGGCUGUGAGAACUUCUCUCUGCUCGCUUUCCCCAGCAACACCUUCGGCGACGAACCUGGGGAUAAUGAAGAAAUUCUUAACAUGCUGAAGUGCGUUCGACCUGGAUGCGACUUUCAACCCAAGUUCGAAAUGUUCCAGAAAGCUGAUGUGAACGGAGAAGAAGAAAGCAGCAUUUUCAAGUACUUGAAGAAGAAACUUCCGGUGCCACAAGACUGCCCUUUAUGGAUAGCCGGAAGCUGUAAAGAAAUAAGGUGGAAGCCGAUUCUUCGCACGGAUAUCAGCGGGAACUUCGAGAAGUUUCUCGUAAAUCACAAAGGAGUUCCUGUACAGAGAUUCAGUGGAAAAAUGACCACCAAAGAAAUGGCAAGCAUCGUCAAAGACCUGGCCAUGGAUGCCGCCUGUGAACAGCGUCUAGAGAAGAAGAAAGACAAGUGCGAAGAACCACCUCACACCCUCAAACCUGAAACAGGACCUCCUUGUCCACCUCCUCCGCCGCCACCGAAGAAAUGCACAUGUCCACCACCGCCGCCCCCAAAACCAAGUUGUCCGCCGCCCCCAGAACCAAGUUGUCCGCCGCCCCCAAAACCAAGUUGUCCGCCCCCACCGCCACCACCAAAGCCAUGCUGUCCGCCGCCCAAACCAAAACCCUGUCGUGUCGACGUCACCAAAGUUUCAAAGCAUCAUCCGAUCGACAAGCUCAGCAGCAAACACCGCAACAAUCAGACCGUUGCCGCGGUUGCUAUCACCGUUUCCGAGAAAGAAAUUCAGAGAUUGAUUGAAAAGCACAACAAGAAGCUUAGGAAACAGCAUAAACGAAAAUUGGCUGCUGCUACUGCCGAUGAUGAUGGUGGGAACCGAGCAACACACUUGCUCAACCAACAUCACGACCCAGAGACUGAUCAGCAGGAAAAGACUGCUGUUUCAAACAAGAAGUCGACGUUCGGUAACUUCAUGCGAUUGAUUCGCCGCGAAGUGAAGCAGUCUGAAUUCACUGGACUGGAGUCGAAAAACAACAGUGCCAUUGUUGACUUCGGCAUUUCUAAAAGACCUGAAAUUGACAGAAGCGCGCAGCAUAAGAGGAAACAAAAUCAUUUGGGUGUGGCUGCUCUGGAUGGAGACCUGAAGGACCUGGAAUACGAAAUGACCUUCACAAAUGUCAUCAUUUUCAGAAUUUUCCCGUGUCUCAUUUUCAGAUUCUUAUGGUCGUCGGCAGGUUUUAUCGGAAGGGAAGAUAAUUAUGUUGGGUUCAAACUGUUGCGACUGGUACCGAAAACAAACGAGGCUGUGAAUAUUUUGACACGCUACGAAGCUUUAGGAUGGAUUGAUUUGUGGACAACUCCAGUUCGUUUCCGUCCUGUCGACGUUUUCGUCAAGCCAUCCAACUUUUCCUGGUUUCUUGAUUGGCUGGAUGACAAAUUACUGAAGCACGAAUUGGUGUUCGAAAGUUUUGAUGAGCGUUUGCAGCUGGACCACGAGACCAGAACACCAGGUUAUGGUAACUGUCAAGGGGCUGACAUGGACUGGUCGCAGUACCCGAACAAUGAUUGUAUCAAUGCUUGGAUGCGGCACAUUUCAGAGACGUACCCGAGCCAAGUCACUCUUACGAGAAUCGGAACGAGUUAUGAGGGCAAGGCGAUGAAAAUUCUUUGGAUUCAUACUGGGAGCAACCCAUACAACAGAUUCGUUUGGAUUGAUGCAGGAAUUCAUGCCAGAGAGUGGAUUGGUCCGGCUUCCUUGACGUACAUGGUCAGCGAAAUGUUGGAUAAUUAUGCGGCGAAUUACCGGCUUGUGGACAAAGUUGACUGGUACAUCCUUCCUGUGGCAAAUCCCGACGGUUAUCUACAUUCGUGGACCAAGGCUGUUGACUGA